AUGAACACCCUCUGCCCACCGGACCACGAGCGUCAACCGGCCACUACUUCCACGAUGGACCCUCUUUCGAUUGCCCCAUCGGUAGCAUGGUUGUUGCAGGUCGGAGCCAAGGUCAUCGGCUUUCUUUCCACCGCGAUCGACGCCCCCAGCACUGCCCGCAACACUCUCGUAGAAAGCAUAGCUCGCAAAUCCAGGAUUGCAAUCGACGACCUGGUUGUCAUCCUGACGGGCUGCGUGUGUAAAUUCUCUGAGCUAGAUAGGGACCUCAAAGGCGUCAAGACGGACUACGCCUACAGCACCAAAUAUCAGUUUCGGCCUUGGGACAGCGUCAAGUGGGCAGCCAAAGAACAGGAUAUCGCCAAAAUACUGCGGAACCUACAGAUGCAUAAGACUUCGCUGAAUCUAUUGCUGUCGGUUUAUGCAUGUGCAUCAACUCAGCAACUGCAACCCGACAUGAAAGAACUGAAGCAGUUCAUGGUGACAGUCAGGGAGGCGGUCCCGGACCUUGUCGAGCGUAUAGCAGCAGCAACUCCUCUUGAGCGUAACGACGAUGCAUUGCUAGGCCUUUCGGCAGCAUCUGGACACGGCUUUUGCAGAGUUCUGGCUGAGACUCGGUCUCAGCUCACCGGUCUGAGCCUGGCCCAGAUAUCGAAUAUAUCCGUCCUCUAUCUUCCGGUAUACAGUUGCGAGCUGAAUAACGGCAGUAUGUAUGACCAGGGGAAAACCGGCGACAGCGGGGCGCAACUACAGAGCAUCACGGGUGGGUUGCUCUCCUUAGGAAGGAUUAAAAAGCCAUGGAAACGCCACCGCAAGAUCACCACCACCACCACGGUUCGGCAUCGCUUGGCCCCAGUUACAGAGCAAGUCAUUACACUACACGAAGCAGCUCGCCAGGGAGAUGACAUCACGGUCAAGGCUCUUCUACAAACGCCAGGUGUCGACGUUGAGUCCCGGGAUGGCGAAGGCUUUACGCCACUGCACAUAGCGGUGUACAUCGGACACGUAGCUACAGUGCAGCUACUUCUCGACCGGAAUGCCGAUGUCGACGCUAGGUUCGACUCCGGCUGGACACUACUUCACUUAGCAGCCCGCUACGGACAUAGACCUACAGUGCAGCUACUGCUCGACCAGAAUGCCGACAUUGAAGUCAAGUAA